AAGCAGAGGGUAAUGAUUGCCCUUAGCAAGGAAGGCUCAUGUUCUUCUCCGCUCUGCUUCGCUCUCUGCGCCUUUGGGCUGGUGUUGUUGGGGGACGUGUCCCAGGCGGUACCCAUGGACGAUCAGGAUUAUUACCUGCAGGAGAUUAGCAACAGGGAUCAUUAUUAUUCCUUUCCUUACCCCAGUGAAGAGUUUUUUCCUUUCACGGAGCAACCUGGCGAGGAAGGACCUGCCCGUGCUGCAGACACAGAGGAGCACCCAGGGUUCAAAGCGAGCAGGAAAGAGUUAAAACCGAAGAAAAACAGCAAAAAGGGAAAAUCCAUUCUUGAAACUCCACCAGACUGCCCUCCACUUGGUCUAGAGACAUUAAAAAUCACUGACUUCCAGCUCCAUGCCUCUACAGCAAAGCGGUAUGGCCUUGGGGCCCACAGAGGAAGGCUGAACAUUCAGGCAGGUGUUAACGAAAAUGAUUUUUAUGAUGGUGCUUGGUGUGCAGGAAGAAAUGACCCAUAUCAGUGGAUUGAAGUAGAUGCUCGAAGGCUAACAAAGUUCACUGGAGUCAUCACCCAAGGAAGGAACUCUCUCUGGUCGAGUAACUGGGUGACCUCUUACAGAGUACUGGUGAGCAAUGACAGUCAUGCAUGGACUGCUGUCAGAAAUGAAUCUGGAGACGUGAUUUUUACAGGGAACAGUGAGAAAGAGAUCCCAGUUCUCAACAUGCUGCCGGUGCCGCUGGUCGCACGCUACAUCCGGAUCAACCCUCGCUCCUGGUUUGAAGAAGGUAGCAUCUGUAUGAGGCUGGAAAUCUUAGGGUGUCCUUUGCCAGACCCAAAUAAUUAUUACCACAGAAGAAAUGAAAUGACAACCACAGAUAACCUUGACUUUAAGCAUCACAACUACAAGGAAAUGAGGCAGCUGAUGAAAACUGUGAAUAAAAUGUGCCCGAAUAUCACAAGAAUUUACAACAUUGGAAAAAGCCACCAAGGACUAAAGCUGUAUGCUGUUGAGAUUUCUGACAACCCAGGAGAGCACGAAGUUGGUGAACCAGAAUUUCGGUACAUUGCAGGAGCUCAUGGAAAUGAAGUGCUUGGACGGGAGCUAAUCCUUCUGUUAAUGCAGUUCAUGUGCCAGGAAUACCUGGCUGGGAACCCUCGCAUUGUCCAUCUCAUUGAGGAUACCAGAAUCCACCUCCUGCCCUCGGUCAACCCUGAUGGAUAUGACAAGGCAUAUAAAGCGGGUUCAGAAUUAGGGGGCUGGUCUCUAGGACGAUGGACUCAGGAUGGCAUUGACAUCAACAAUAAUUUCCCUGAUUUAAACUCUUUGCUCUGGGAGUCUGAAGACCAGAAGAUGAGUAAAAGAAAAGUUCCAAACCACCACAUCCCAAUUCCUGACUGGUACCUGUCUGAAAAUGCCACUGUGGCAGUCGAGACACGGGCAAUAAUAGCCUGGAUGGAGAAAAUCCCUUUUGUGCUGGGUGGCAACCUGCAGGGAGGAGAGCUGGUGGUGGCCUACCCCUACGAUAUGGUGAGAUCCAUGUGGAAAACCCAGGACUAUACCCCUACCCCAGACGACCACGUCUUUCGCUGGCUGGCCUAUUCCUACGCCUCCACACACCGGCUGAUGACAGACGCGAGGAGGAGAGCGUGUCACACUGAGGACUUCCAAAAGGAGGAUGGAACUGUCAACGGAGCCUCCUGGCACACCGUGGCUGGAAGCAUAAAUGACUUCAGUUAUCUGCACACAAACUGCUUUGAGCUCUCCAUCUACGUUGGCUGUGACAAGUAUCCCCAUGAGAGUGAGCUGCCCGAAGAGUGGGAAAACAACCGCGAGUCACUCAUUGUUUUUAUGGAACAGGUCCAUCGGGGCAUCAAAGGCAUAGUGAAAGAUGUGCAUGGGAAGGGGAUCCCAAAUGCUAUUAUCUCAGUAGAAGGUGUCAACCAUGACAUUCGCACAGGAGCUGAUGGUGACUACUGGCGCCUUCUGAACCCGGGGGAAUACGUGGUGGGCGCCAGGGCAGAGGGCUACACCACCGCCACCAAGACCUGCGAGGUGGGCUAUGACAUGGGAGCCACCCAGUGCGACUUCACCAUCUCCAAAACCAACCUGGCCAGGAUCAAGGAGAUCAUGAGGAAGUUUGGGAAGCAGCCCAUCAGCAUGUCCGUGCGGAGGCUCAGGCAGCGGGCUCGGCAGUGGCGGCAGCAGCGAUAGGACCUCGGCCCGUGCCACCCACCAGCUCUGCUUCCAUCAGCCCGGCCAUAGUCGUAGUGACAGUUCCAUAACCCUUCUCUUCCUGCAUAUUUCUCUGCACGAGGCCUUUCUGUUAGUGGAGCUGGACCAAGCAGUGUGGGGAGGGUUCACUUGGGUGACAUAUUGGUGAGGAAAUUCAGGUUGAACCAAAACAAGCCCCCGUUUUGGGGGGGAGAGGCAGGAAGAAUGUAGGAAAGAUGCUUUGAGUUAAGCUGAAAUGAUUUAUUAUUAUUAUUUUGGCCUUUAUUGUUAUUUAAUCCUCUGUAGAUCUGUGUUCUUUAAUAACAGAAAAAAGGAAAAAAGAAGAUAUAAAGGAGAGGUGUUAUUUUGAACAAAAAACUGAAAUAUGUUGUUUUUAAAGCAUAAAAUGGGUAUAUUUUUGCAAUUAAAAAGUUUUUAUAUUCUCUACACUUUAUUUCCACACAGGAAGAGAGCUUAGUAGGGACAACUUCUGCUGAAUAUCUUUAAAAUCUAUGUCAAAAUUUUAGUCUCCCUUUCCCUGGAAGUUCAGCUUUUGACAAGCACCAUAAUAUGUGGGGGAAAACCCUGGAGCAAAUAAGCCACCUCAGCUUUCCUGCUUGGAUUGUUUAUCUAUAAGGAUGUCUUGUGGUUCCAGAGUUUAAGGCCAUGAGUUGUUUUCUCCUCUGGCUUUUUAAGGCUGCAUUUUCACUCCCUGAACUAAACCUGAGGAAAAAGGUAUGGGAAAAGGGCCACUGUGGCAUGAUAUCCCUUCCUGGAGGACUUGAAACAAAGUUUUUCUUGUGGAUAGGAGUUGUAUCAUUUAUGAGAGGAAGGGCUCGGUCACUGGUGUGUACAUAGUUCACAAAUCCACAGAUAACAUCUAUUUUCUUGAUUUUUUAUUUUUUUAUUUUUUAUUUUCCCUGCCUUUAAGUGAUUUUUAUGUUCAUGCACCUCUUGGGCACUGUCUUCCCUGAUGUGCAAGGGCUUCUGUAGUCCUCUGAAUGGCCUACUCGUCUUCCCAGUGCAGCUGCUGGUGCUUUGCUGGCCUUCUCUAGGAGAGCAGGAAUUGUGCUUCAUUACAGGAUUCUAAGUAACAAAGUUGUACAGCAGGAUAGGAUGGAGGUUCAGGAAAGAUACAGAUCGGAUCUAGGAAAGAAUGAGCUGCAUAAACACUGGUUGGAUUAUGAGUUGGUGAAAAUCAACUUUGCUCCAUUAGCUUCAAGGUUAUGACCUUAAUUCCACCAAAGGAAGGGCCAGAUGUAUGAUUUUAGCCAGCCAAAAGUCUGUGGCUAUAUAAACAAUUCUUAUUAUGCUUGGUAGAAGGACUGCAACGUGCACUUCCAAAUAUAAUUCUGUUUCAAACAUUUCAAUUGCUGUUAUGGUUUUUGCCUAUUUGAUGUGAUUCUUGGGAAAGAAACUCACCAAAGUACCAUUCAAAACUGAGAAAAAAAUAAAAUGCAAGUAGAAAAGUUACUGUAAAAACACCACGUGCCACCUGUGCAAUAUGUUGGUUUUUUUGGUCAACAAAUUUGUGAACAGAGAAAAGGCAAAAGAUUGCAGAGUCAAUAAUGUGAUCAUGAAUCCUCACAUAAUAAAUAGUUAUAUUCUUAACUUUCUCUAUUCCAGCCCGUGUUUGUUCUGCAUAUACCAUCAAAUAGCAGCAAUGCAUUCAGCAGCAAGGGCUCCAAGAAAAUAGAAGAGUGCAUACACAAUUUUCUGUUACAAAUCAUGGAACUCCAGCUCCCAGUUAGCUUCAUUUAACAUAAGUAAUAGAGGUAAACAAAUCAUCCAAUUGUUACAUUAAUAUUUGGAAUUCUAUUUUACUUAUUGCACUCUAUUCACCACCCUUACAAUGUGCUAUGUGCCAUAUAUUUUUUGUACAGCAA